AUGAAAUAUACAAUCGAUCUCGACUUUGCGUUGGGUUACUCUCCUCUCCUCGUACCCUCAGCAGCAGCAGAUAUGGGCUUGCCUUGGGAUGAUGUCUUUGGCGUCUUGCACUCGUCGCGCGAUGCUUCGGGCUACGAUUGGGCUGCGAUGUCCGCUGAUCAGAUCGCGCUCAUCAAGAUGCGGUGGCACAAUGUCCAUCCGUGGUACACGGCGGACUGGGACUACGGCCUUGCGACGGUCGCUUUCUUCUGCGCCGCCAUCUUCGCCGUGUUUCUCCUGCACGUCACCGCGUGGUUCCGGGUGAGGCAGCAAAAGAGAUCCCAGCGCCUCACGCUUACAGACCGGAUUGCCGCUGCCCUGCGAUACUUCUCCGCGCGCCAAUUCCGCGUGGCACCUCUGGGGUACUACGCGCCGGCGCUGGGCAGCCUCGUGGGCGUGGCGGGGAUGAUCAUCUUCGUCUUCGUCCUAAUGCUCUCCGCGCGGCCGUACAUCUGGCCGAACCCCGCGAUGGGCCACAGCCCGCCGCUCGCGACGCGGACGGGAUGGAUGGCGCUCGGGAUCAUGCCGUUCAUGAUCGCGUUCGCGGCCAAGGCGAACUGGGUCACGCUCGUCACCGGCACGUCGCACGAGAAGCUGCAGGUGUUCCACCGCUGGUCGGCCGUCCUGAUGUAUGUUACUGCGCUGGUGCAUACGUGUUUGUUCAUCAUGCAUGACCGCGCGAUGGGCACGCUGUCGUCCCAGUGGUACUCGUCCGAGUUCUUCUGGACAGGGACGGUCGCGCUGGUUCCCCAGACGUUUCUCGUCCUUGGAUCGUGGAGCGUCUUCCGGAACAGGUACUACGAGAUCUUCAAGAACGCAUCGGGUUUGUUCAUGGCCGCCAUGCUCGUGCACAUAGACUUCACGCUCUCUUCCUGGGACUACUUCAUCGCCACCGGCGCACUCUACUUCACCUCCUGGUUUUACCGCGAGGGCCGCACCCUACUCGUCUCCCGCCUGGGGCUCCCCGCGACAGUAGAAUCCGCCGGCCCAGGACUCGUGAAGCUGACCAUCCACGGCGUCGGCGACAAGAUCCGCUGGGCGCCGGGGCAGCAUGCCUUCGUGCGCGUGCUGUCGCUCGGGAUCCACGCGCUCACGACGCACCCGUUCACGAUCGUAUCGCUCCCGCAGGACAAGGACAAGGACGCGGUCAUGAUCAUGGCCGUGCGCAGUGGGACCACCCGCGCGCUGGCACGGCGGGCUGCCGACGCCGCGCCCUGGUCGACCCGGGUGCUGUUCGACGGGCCGUACGGCGGCGUGCGAUUCCCCGUCCGUGCGCACGAGGCCGUGUUUCUGUGCGCCGGCGGGACGGGCGCGACGUUUGUGCUGCCCGUGCUCGCGGAUCUGGUUGCGCAGCGCGCGAGGAUCUGUCGGCGGGUCGAGCUGGUGAUUGCCGUGCGAGACGAGGACGCCUAUGAGUGGAUGCAGGCAUUCAUCGACACUGCACUCAAGGACGCGCCCGAGUGUAUAGCGAUCUACGUCCGCAUCUUCUUCACCUGCUCCGGCGCGGAGAAGAUCAAGCAGGAUCCCGACGAUGCGAGCAGCCUCGCACGGGGCGUGAUCGCAUAUGGCCGGCCCAGCCUGUCCGCUAUCGUCAACGAGGCCAAGCACAGCGCGACAUCCGUCGCCAUGAUCGGCUGUGGCCCAGAGACGUUCAUGUACGACCUCCGCAAUGCGGUUGCCGACGCGCAGCUCGAGAUUCUCGAUGGUCUUGGGUGCCUGUGUAAGGACCUCUUCUUCCACGGCGAGUCGUAUAGGUGUGUCUUUGGUGAGGAGGAUGUCUAGUGCAUUACAUACUGUGCGCUUCCAGAUCACGUUGAAUGCGUCUGGUUCCAUUCCGGUUAUCGUUAGAAUGUAAUCCUUCAUACUUGAAAGAAUGGCCCAAGCCCAAACUGCACGUCUUUUGCGGAUACCGAUGAAAAGCUGAAGUUUUCGUUCUUCAGUCCUCAAGUCGCAGGUUCAGUCCUCAGUUUCACUCAAGUCAGUCCACCUCUCCAACACAGCUGUGUUGCUCCACUC